GGACGUGUUCGCCGAUGCUGAGCGCUCGGUUCCUGCACAGUUUGGCCACGAAGCUGAAAUGUUGUAAAUGGACGCCGCAAGGUAUGAGACCAUACAACGACGUCAUACCGGGGGGGGGGGCCUCUCGUGCUCUGACCAUGUUCCCAUGAUGCAGUCCGGCGUGCAGAACACAACUCCGGUUGCCCACAGCAAUGCGCCUGCCGCCGCUCUCUGCUCUGCUGCAGCCUUGUGACGUCACUGAGGGCUGGAGCGCUUCCUUGCUCCGGAGAGGAAAAAAUGGGCACAAGAUUGUUACGAGGCACUGGACUGACAAAUGAUGGCUUGCAAAGACAAAGUGAAAGUCGCCCUGUCUAUUGUACGGAAGAUCUGACUCCGUACUGCUGACCAGCCCAAACUGUCACUGCAACCAUGAGAAGACCUGAUGGGUACUUGACCUUUGGACCCCACUGGCGCCACAAUAAGGUCGCGUGAGCGCCCCCCCUCUCCCUGCGGCAGUUACUGCACGGUAUGGCCUCUCUGGACCUUCCAUACCGCUGUCCUCGCUGUGGGGAGCACAAGCGCUUCCGUAGCCUGUCGUCGUUGCGUGCCCACCUGGAGUACAACCACACGUAUGAGACCCUAUACGUUCUCUCUAAGUCCAACAGUGUUUGUGACGCCGCCGCUCUGCUACCCCUAGUAACGGAGGGUGCCCUACUCUCACCUCCAAAUAACAACGACCCCUUUGAGCCUUUGCAGCCGUCCGCUUUAAAAGAGCGCCACUUCCCUUGUCGCGAGCUUCCUUGUGUAGAUGACCUGAGUUUGACGCCGGCUAGCUCCAACACGUCUGCCAGGUAUAUCCCCAAUGUCGAGUUUCCUCUGGGGGAGAUUUUGAUGAAGACAGCUAUGACAUCCACAGACCCCAGUCCUUAUGGGAAUCCCAGUACAGCUGUAGCUGUAGCAGCCAAUGUUGCUGCCAGUGCAGUGGAGGCAGCUUAUGAAGAAGGCCUGGCCAGGUUGAAGGCACGGGCGUUUGAACGUCUUGAGCUGGAUGAAAGGAUGGAGAAGCUCUCUGAAGAGGUGGAGCAAAAAAUAGCGGCCCGUGUAGGCCGUCUUCAGGCCGAGCUGGAGAGGAAGAGCUCUGAGCUGGAACGGGCCAAGCUGGAGAGUGAGCGGCUCAGCCAGGAGAAACAAGACCUGGAGGACAAGGCCUUAGAGCUUUCUCGGCAGGUGGACGUUUCUGUGGAAAUGCUCGCCAACCUAAAACAGGACCUGGUGAACAAGGAGGCCGAGCUCAGCCACAAGCAGCAGGAGGUUGCGCAGAUCGACCAGUUCCUCCAGGAGACGGCGGCACGAGAAGCCAACGCCAAAGUUCGCCUGCAGCAGUUCAUCGAGGAAUUGUUGGACCGAGCGGACCGUGCUGAGAAACAGCUCCAGAUCAUCAGCAGCUGCGGCACCACGCCAAACGGUAGUCUGGGGCGCUGCAGUCUUCAGGCAUCAAAGGGAAAUGGACGCCAGAGGAACUCCAGCAUCUCGGGAAGCACAAGAGGUAUCUACCAAGCAUCUGAGCGACGUUCAUCGCCCAGUACGGGAGCAUCGGGUCGGGUCAAGUCAGUCUCACAGUGUUCUGGCGGAUAUGACAGCGACAGUGUGGAGAUGCACCCGAUGGAGGAGUGCCCCGAGGCUCAGUACUACCACAUGCAGUGCGGCCUGACCGAAGGGGGUUACGACCGCUCCCCUGGAUGUGGUGGAGGAGGGUCAAGAAACUGGGGUCUCCGUAAACAGGCCAUCCAGAACUGGCAGCGUCGGCCUUACAGGAACAGCACCGAAGGCGAGGAGGGAGAUGUAUCCGACGUGGGCUCUCGGACAACUGAGUCGGAAGUAGACAUGUGGGAGCAGGAGAGGAGAGCUGUGGCAGAAGUUCAGCAGUCUGGCGCCCCCUAUCCAUACCACAGCAGGUCUGGGUAUCGACAAAAUGCAGGACGCUCUGAAGGCAUCUACAGCAAACCCUGUCGCCAUGAAAAGAGCCCGUCCAAAUCCAACGAGGUGAUCAGCCCAGAGAUCCUGAAGAUGCGCGCUGGUUUAUUUUGUAUCUUCACCUACUUGGAUACUAAAACCUUGCUGAGAGCGGCAGAGGUCUGCAGAGACUGGAAAUUUGUGGCUCGCCACCCGGCCGUUUGGACCAGAGUUUUGCUGGAGAACGCUCGCGUUUCUUCCAAGUUGCUGGGAACGUUGUCUCAGUGGUGCACCCAGACACACUCGCUCAUCCUGCAAAACCUAAAACCUCGACAGCGUGGAAAGAAGGAAACCAAGGAGGAAUACUUAAAAAGCACACGUGGCUGUCUGGAGGAAGGACUGGAAGCGCUGCUCAAGGCCACAGGAAGUAACCUGCUCAUCCUGAAGAUUUCACAUUGUCCCAACCUGCUGACGGAUCGCUCCCUCUGGCUGGCCAGUUGCUACUGCCGAGCUCUGCAGGCUGUCACUUACAGGAGUGCCACAGACCCAGUUGGCCAGGAGGUCAUCUGGGCCCUCGGUGCAGGUUGUAGAGACAUCAUUUCCCUCCAGGUGGCGCCACUACACCCAUGCCAACAGCCGGCUCGCUUUAGUAACAGAUGCCUGCAAACCAUUGGGAGAUGUUGGCCACACCUCCGUGCACUCGGCGUAGGUGGAGCAGGAUGUGGCAUUCAGGGACUUGCCUCGUUGGCAAGGAACUGCAUGCGCCUUCAAGUGCUCGAGUUGGACCAUGUGAGCGAAAUCAACCAGGAGGUGGCAGCAGAGGUUUGCAGGGAAGGCUUGAAAGGCCUGGAGAUGCUGGUGCUCACGUCCACGCCAGUCACCCCCAAAGCACUGCUCCACUUUAACAGUGUGUGCCGCAACCUGAAAUCCAUUGUGGUCCAGAUUGGGAUUGAAGACUACUUUGAGGAUCCUAACAGCCCUGAGGCCAGAAAACUGUUUGAUGAGAUGGUUAAUAAGCUUCAGGCAUUGAAGAAAAGACCCGGAUUCUCCAAGAUCCUCCACGUGAAAGCAGACAGUCUCUGCUAACAUAAUUUCCUACAGAUUGUGUAAGGAGACGCCACUGCCACGGCUCCAUUCAGUCCAAAAGUGUGUGUGAAUGGGGUAAGAGAGCAUGUCCUAACACUGGAACGCCUUGAUGAAUCCUGACUUGAUGAAUCCUGACUGAGGCUCAAUGUGCAAUAUUCAUGCAUAAGGAGACACUUGUUUCUUGUUCGGGGGGGGAUCAUCUGCUGGACGUUACAUGGUCCUCAUUGGGUGACACGACUCACAGAUUCCUCUCAUUUUGGAUCAUGUAGUCUCUUGGAGGCUGAUCUCUUUGAGCUGGAUAACAGACCAUUUGAUAAGUUCUUAGUGAGUUGGGCACCCAUAACUGGUGGGCGGCAGCACAUUCUUUCUCCUCGGAAGGGAACUAAACAUUUGCAAGGUGGUAGCUUUGAGACUGCCUGACCUUGUAGCGCUCAGAAGCCAACCACUUCCUGCACAAAAAGCGUGCUGCAGCUACUUCCUGGCAUGGCAGUGAUGCAUUCCGCCACCUCUACCACCUUAUGCUAACAUAAUGGAUCUCCUUUAUUUUUCUUGGUUGUUAAAAGUAUCAGGUUGUCUGAGAGAACAGCAUGCAGUGCUCGAUGCUGGAUUCAUUUCAUUUUCAAACCGGUGCCAUUCGUGUCUGUCUGCGUUCCACUGAGCGUUUAUUUCCAAUGUGCCAUUAAUGCGGGGAGUAUUUCAUACUCUCUCAUCAGCUCAUGCACACAAGACUUUUUAUCUUGUACUCCUUGAUGUGUUACAAUUCGUAUUCAUGCUGAUUCUUCUAUUUGCAGAACGGUGCCAGUCACAGCCGAGCUUCUGUGGCGCCCUCUGCUGGUCUUUUCAGCCACUUACUCAUAUCCAAUGGUGGGGUUUCCUCUAGAAGUAGAAAUAAAUGGUGUGUGAAUGCUGAGAGAUACGGACCACCAAACCAAAAUACCAAAGAAAUAGAGACGUUAAUGCUGGUUAAUACAUCGCAGCAUAUAAUAACAAUGCCUAAUCUGAUGGGAAUUUAAUUGACUGCAUAAAAUCUAUGUUCUACAUAGAUAUAAAGGCCAUCAAGGUCUUCUUUCAACAGCGAAUUAAGUGAAAAUAUGGUUCUCAUUUGCUUCAAGAUAUAAUCUAUUCCAUACAAUCAACCAAAUUCUUAGCAAACAAUUGAUUAUGAUGUCCAGGGGUGUCCAAACUUUUUCCACCAAGGGCCACACACUGAAAAAUCGAAGGAUGUAGGGGCCACUUUGAAUUUUUUUUUAUUGUGUAAAAUGCAAAAAUUAAUAUAUAGCGAUAUAUAUAUAUACAUACAUAUAUAUAUACAUAUAUUUAAAGACUUUGCAUUUUAACUGUUUUAUUUAAUUUCUACAUUGGGCCACGGGCCAAUGACAAAUGAGCCACAAGAUGCAAAUGGCCCCUGGGGCCCCUACCCCCUGUUCCAUACGAAUAUGCCACAUAGAUGCUGUGAGCACUCAGCAAUAAUGGCAUGAUGUAAGAAAGUCAUUUGACUGGAGUGUUUUCAGGCGAUACCAUGGCAUCAUUGCAUGAUUUUUGCAAAUGGUAUUGGCCAAAAAAAUGACCUGAAUGGGAAUUUCAUUUCAUUUUGUUUGAAUCAUGUUGAGUGCGCAGGCCACACAACUAAGAGACCCGGGUUCAAUUUCCCGCUCGGCAUCUCUAUGUGGAGUUUGCCUGUUUCCUCCCACAUUCCAAAAACAUGCUAGGUUAAUUGGCGACUCCAAAUUGUCCAUGAGUGUGAAUGUGAUUGGCUGGCGACCAGUCCAGGGUGUACCCCGCCUCUUUCCUGAAGACAGCUGGGAUAGGCUCCAGCAUACCCGCGACCCUCGUGAGGAUAAGCGGUAUAGAAAAUGGAUGGAUGGAUGAAUUAUGUUGAAUCAUUUGAGCAGAAAAAUAACAAUGUUAGGAAGGAAACAUUUGUUGCUACACUGUAGCAUGAAUGUUUGUCUCUCAGCAUUCACACAGCAGCUACGUUUUUCAGCUUGUUGCAGUUUACACAUAAUGUCACUAUUCCACUGUAUCGUACCGGCCCAAUUCGGUUCACUUCAUCUCGUUCCAGUAACUGGAAUGAUCAACUGUAAAAGCCACUCCGCAGUCAAGGCGUCAAUCAGUGGGGACAUGCUAACAAACGACAAUGGAGGAGAACGAGGGUCUCGUAUUUACUUCUCAGAGCUAAGACGACAGGAUAAGCCAUGUACGUUGUUUUCUUCUCCAUCAAUGAGCUACCAGUGGUGGUUUAUGUCACCCGUAUGUUUGUUGUCCAGCCGAGUACGUACCAUGCAGUGGAAAAGGGGCAUAUGAACGUAUGCUAGCAAUACUUAAACCCACUUGUACUUCAAAUAAAAGGCAUUACACGAUCCAUUCUACAAGGAGUUACACCUCAAAAUCAAGUUGGGCAUGACUGUCCUUGGUGAUACUAUCAGUGUGGUUUUGAGGAUGUGAAUGUUCAUGGGAAAAUACAUUUUUGGAGCACACUGAGGACCAAAAAGUAAGGAUUUGUCUUAAUCCUGAAUUUGAGUGAAGUGCAAUAUGAAGUUAAAGGGGGAGCUGGCCUUUAAACAAAGCUUCUGACUGAAACUUCCAUGCACAUUUAUGCACACAGUUGAAGCAGGUUGACAAUGGAGCCGCACAUCAAGAAAGACGACCUUGUCUAAUGCAUCGUGGCACAUCGGGGUGCACAUUGUUCUGCAUUGCUUUAGCACGCACGCCUCAUCGGUUACACACAGCAAGGGGAGGAAACCCAUGUCUUCAUGUUUGGCUGUCGAAGCCACAACGUUAGGCUGGAUAGGGCUGCUCUUUUUCUAUCAGGGGAAGACUUUUUGAGUACAAAGUACACAACAAGGCAACAUGUUCCUUUUCAUGGCUUGACUCGUCAUAGUUUUCAAACAAUCUUCUUAACAUUUUUUGUUGUUCUGUCACAAAUCUAUUGGUGUUAUCAUAUUUCUUCAAAUAGCGGCUGUGGGAAUUCAUUCACUCAACUGCAGAGAGUAAUUAAUAAUAGUAAUAAUAAUGGUGGGUUCAGGAGGACCAGGGUUCAAUUCCACCCUCGGCCAUCUUUGUGUGGAGUUAGCAUGUACUCCCCGUGCAUGCGUGGGUUUUCUCCGGGUACUCCGGUUUCCUCCCACAUUCCAAAAACAUGCUAGGUUAAUUGGCGACUCCAAAUUGUCUAUAGGUAUGAAUGUGAGUGUGAAUGGUUGUUUGUCUAUAUGUGCCCUGUGAUUGGCUGCCGACCAGUCCAGAGUGUACGCCGCCUCUCGCCUGAAGACAGCUGGGAUAGGCUCCAGCACCCCCCACGACCCUCGUGUGGAAAAAGCGGUAGAAAAUGAAUGAAUGAAUGAAUGAAUGGUGGGUUCAGGCAGUAGAGCAGGUUAUCCAGAAACAGGAAGGUUGGCGGUUUGAUCCCUACUUCCUCUAUUUACUGUUGUUGUGUCCCUGGGCAAGACACUGUUUUGUCACCUUACCUUACCUCCAGUACCGCCCACACUGUUGUAUGGAUAGUUGGUGGUGAUUGGAGUGCAGUGUCGGCCCCAGGGCAGCUGUGACUACAGAUAUAGAUAACCACCACCAGUGCAAUAUAAAUGUAAUCCGUUAUUAUUACUCUAGAAUUGUACAUUUAUAAUGCAUAAGGUGCAUAACUGCGAGAGGCAUGAGGUUUAAACUUGCAUUAUGCUUCUAUGCAUUUAGCUUAUUAAUCAUCACAAAUGAACCAUGGCAUUGAGAGAGAAAGACUAUUAUAUUGGAGAUGGAUCUAAUCUAAUAAUUAUAUCAGUCACUUUUAUUGCAUAUGUGAAUCCAAAACGAUCAGAAGAGAACAUCAACAUCAAGCAAGCAGGGGGGAGAAGAGCAAGCUGGCAAAGUAUACAGCGUCUCCUUGACACAGCAGCAUAACCUCGGCUUUAUUAGAGGGCCAAAAAUAUGUUUAUGGGCAUCUCAAUUACUCAUAUAUUAUUUCAGAAUGUAACUGCCCUGAGUAGUGGGGAUCUACUGUACUAUUAUAAUUCUUAUUAUUGAUUAUUUUUUGUAUGUUUAAUUAUUUGUAAAAUAAAACAUCAAUACCACAUAUUAGAAUAUAUAUUAUAUAUAAUACAGUACAUCGGCAUGGUCCAAAAAAGGACUCCUUUUUUAUUGUAUUUAUUUUUAUGGGACACACAAAUGUAACAUCCAACGUAUUCUUGUUGUUUUAGCACAUAAUUUAGUAUGUUUAUACUAAAAGUAUAUAUUAUAUUACAGUAUUACAAUUAUUUGACAUUGGAAUAUUAUUAUUUACAAGUAAAUGUGUCAGAAUCAGCUCAUGAUCAUUUUUAAAAAUGGCAUUUAGUGUGCAUUUAGUUAUAGACUAUUGCGUAAAAUUGUUUACAGUCCCUAGUGGCACUAGUUGGGAUUUACAUAUAUGUAUUUUUUUUUGUCCUGAAGGGAAAAAGGAGUUGAGGGAUGCAUGGCCUCUAUUAGGGUGUAGGCCACUAUCUGAGGAAAUAAGGUAUUUCUCUGUGAGGUCACUCCUGAUUUCAAAGGUCAAAUCAUCACCCCAUCACCAUUUUCACAUUUUUGUCUUUUGUUUUUGUUUUUGGCAGAGCUUUGGGCCUAGCUGAAGGGUCAAGGGUCAUGACCGAACUGUGUUUUCUUGUUAGAAUUCUUCUACACUGCUACUGAUUGUCCACUUGGAGGGAAAAUAAGUUUUUAAACACGAUGCACUUGUUGUUUUCAGGUUUUAGACAAUCCUGCCUUCGCUAUCAGCUACUCUGUACAUAGGGUUUAUUUAAAAAAUAAAACAAAAGAAAACAAGCAGAAAAAAGGGUGGGGGGGAAGCAACAUUUAAUGUUGUAUAAUAAUAUGAUGAAAAAUGCUGACGUUUACAUACUGCAAAGCGUUCUCUCCAAAGCUGACUGAUGUUAGAGAAUUAUGUACAACCUUGGUGUCUGAAUUGUGUGUUAGAUACUUUAUAUUAAAUGUGCAUCAUUUGCAUAGAGAAAUUAUUUAAGAAGAGGAUAAAGAUGAUAAUUCAGCUAUUUAUUUCUAUAUACAUUAUAUAUAUAUAUACAUAUAUAUAUAUAUAUAAAGAAACAAAAGAGCGAUGUGUAUAAUGUUGGCAUGUUUGUGUUGGAGCAUCAUUAAGUUGCCUUUCUAAAUGUUCUGCUACUGUGGCAAGAAAUUUGAUGUUAAACAGCUUCCAUUGCCUGACGUUUAAUAACAUUUCUCUUGAGUUGACUGUCUGUUGUUGCACUAGUGAGAAAAAAAAAAAGAUAUAUAAAUAUAUACAAAUAUAUUACAGCUGUUAAUGAAGAGUGUUGUUUUUAAUGUUGGGCUGUUUCUUAGUGUUUGACUAAAUAAGAUGCACUUUUAUUUUUAUGAUCAUCGGCCCAAUGAGAAGCGAUAAGUAUAUGACAAGUCAACAUCUUCCAUAGGUGGUUUGAUUCCGCCGGCUCGACAUCCAUUUUUAGGUCAAUUACCAGUAAUUGUUUUUGCUUUUGCAUCGUACCUACACUACUGUUUAAGUCAUUGUGAAUAGGGACCUGCUGAAGUUGCUCCAGGUGCCAAAUAACACCACAAUGAACAUAUUCUCCUAUUCCGCCUAUGCUAAUGUCAACCGGUUCUGCUUUCUUUAUCUGACUGAGUGCUGAACCAAAUGUUUCAACUUUCUGUCCUACUCUACAAACUGUACAUAAUUUUGCGUAUUACCUCAACACUUAUCCGGUCAAUUAAGUGUGCCAUUUAUCGGUGUUUAUUUGUAACGCUAAAAGCAUCCAUGAACUUCAUACAUAACAGCAAAAAAAAUGUAAUUGUUGCUGGAGGGUUCCAACUGAUGAUCAGCCUUUGAUGACUGCAAUUUUACCACUCAUUUGUUGUCAUCAAUAAAACUGCUUUAAAAUUCA